AAAUUUUGUUCACAUUUAACCAUUGCCGAUGUAACACAGUCAUCGGCAUCAUGAUUUGGCCUCAAACAGUAGUUAAAUCAAAGAAAGUAUGUCAACAUUGACCGAUUGUUGGAUGAGUCACGAAAACAUGGCUGCCACGCCGAGUACGACUAUAGAUUGUUGAUUAUUGGGUAUUUUGCAUGCAGCGUAGAAAUUCGAACAUUUGAUUCAGUUGCGGGAAUUAAGAUAUACAGUAGGAGAUUCGACGCAGGAUAUUUGUUGCUGACAAUCUUAUCAAGAAAGCCUCCAGGGAUUACUCUUAGAAGAGGAAACACAAUUUAAGUUUCACAUGGCCUAAAGGUUUCAUUGAAUGGAGUAUCCCACAAUGUGAUGAUCUGUGGAUUGCACCAUGCGCUUUAAUUCAAUACCAGUGUAGAGAGUACCAGUGUUUACAUGAAAUUUGAAGGGGAUGUAAAGUGUUUUUGUGUCGCACAUUAUUGCGGGACACAUGAUACGCAAGGAGGCGGGGGGACGCCGUCCACUCCUAUCUACAUUUACCGGUAAUAACCGGCAAAUGCUUCAUGAAAUCCGCGACAGUCUCAGCCACCUGCGUAAGAACCAGCCAGCUGAUGGUGGGAAGCCAGAGCCUAUGCAAAUAAAGCCACCAGAGGCUGGUCAGUCAACAUCCAAUAUUGCAGACCGCAUUGGUGUAGGCAAAGCAGGAAGAUUGGGAUAUCACCAAAAGGCUCUUGCGGAGAUAAGGGAUAGCUUAAAGCCUUUCCAGAAUAGCGAUACUGCCAGUGCAGGGAACAGUCCUAGCAGUAGCAAUGGGUUGGAUGUAGACAGUGUUAACAGGCAUAUGCUGUUACAUCUGGUCAAGAUGGGUUAUGAUGAGGACCUGGCAGCCAAGGCUCUGAAGCUCUGUGGCAGCAGAAAUAUAGAAAGUGCAAUUGAAAUCAUGCUAAAAGGACAUGAUGUAAAGAAUGGGAUACACAAAAAUGCUGGUCUAGUGGGCUACAGUAACAAAGUGAUAAGGAAGCCCAGUUUUGAGGAAAAGUACAGACAAGGCAGUCCAGUCUCUGACAACUCCAGCAUCAGAUCUGAAAGUCCAGGUAUCCACAAUGUACAGAUGAACAGAGCACAGUUCUUUGCAGAGUUACCAAAACCCAUCUUGCAGAACAGUUAUGCCCCAUCCUCUGUGACCUCUGUGUCCAAUGGCCACACAUACAACAACGGCAGGGAGACACCCCCACCACCAAUACCACCUCGGACGCACAGGGCCCCACCCCCUCCACCACCCACCUCUGGGAGUUUGCCACCUCCUCCACCCCCAAAAGGGGCUGAGUUCAGAGCAGCUCAGCAACAGCAGCAACAGCAACAGUUGCAACAACUCCAUCAACAGGACAUUGAUCUGCAGUCACAACAAUAUGCCGCACCUGGACAUGUUCAACAAAUGAUAAAAUUAAUGAGCCACCCUACCCCCACUAACAUGAGGCCAGUGCAGGGGCAGAGCAAUGGCCCUGUAACACCCCCCAGGGGAAUGAGUCCUAUGACAGUAAACAGACAACAACCGGUGCUGUCACAGCAACAGGUGGUGGAGUUGAAUAGACAAUUUCAAGGGCUUAAUCUGGGAAGUAGUCAGCAGAACAAUGGAAUGGGGGCAUACAGUAGUGGUGCUGGGAUCAAGACUAAAUAUACAGCGCCACCCCCUCCAUAUACUAGCCCAGCUCAGCCUAACAGUAGACAAAGUCCCAUCCCUGGUUUGGGUCAACAAGUUCCUGGCGAGCAGACUCUGCCAGAGUAUAACAGCAGCAGUAGUAGACAAAGUUAUGAGCCCAGCUCUGGCAGUAGUACCCCUAGCUCUGGUGCUCAGACCCCUACCUCAGUCUCCAAGGCCCCCCAGAUCCCUAAACCUGUGCCCAUGCAAGCAUGGGGGGCCAAACAGGCACCAAUCUUUAUGCAGUCAGUCAAAAGUCGAGAAGUGCAAAAGCCAGUGUUACAGACAGCAACAGCCCCUGUUUCUCCCUCUCAGGGGCCUACAUCCCAGGGGUCAGCACCCCAGGGUACAUACACCACAGCAGUACACACUCAAAUUAACACUAACAUACAGUCAGAGCCUAUGAAAGGCGUACAGCAGAGUCAGCUGCGUAAACCAGCCCAGCAGCCAGGACAGUUGCCCAACCUACAACAACAGCUGCAGCAGAUGGGUCUUCAGAAUAUCCCGCCAGGAAUGGAACUGUAUUAUCAGAGGGUGAUAUCUCCAGAAACCCCUUCCUCCACACCUUCACGCUCAGACUCUCCUAUUCAGAGCAGGACUAAUAAUAACCACUCUCCACUCUCUAUGAUUUCAACAAUAUCAACCCCAUCAACAAAUUCUGAUGUACCUGACCGACCCCCACCUCCAUAUCCUGGACAUACAACCUGGAUGCAGCAACAAAACCAGCAACAACAAGCUCAGCUGCAAAAAAUACAGCAAAUACAACUGCAUCAAAUGCAGCAACAGUAUCAACAACAACAUCAGCAGCAACAACAGCAACAAUUUCAACAGCAACAAAUGCUGCAGCAAGAGGAUUCAGAGCUUGAACUGGAAGAAAGUUCAGAUCAGUCGGAGGACACUGCUAGCACAGAGGGAAAGACACGCUGCAUGUCGCCCAUCCCCGAACGCAAUCCAGAUGCACAGAAAAAAGAUGAUGAGAGGAGGGAGACCAUUGUACGCAAUUACUCUCCUCAGGCAUUUAAAUUUUACAUGGAGCAACAUGUGGAAAACUUAUUGAAGUCCACGCAACAGAGGAUAAAUCGCAGAGUACAAUUAGAACGUGAAAUGGCCAAGGUGGGACUGACUGAACAGGCACAGUGUCAAAUGAGGAGAAUGUUAAAUCAAAAGGAAUCGAAUUACAUACGCUUGAAAAGAGCAAAGAUGAACAAAAACAUGUUUGAAAAGCUAAAAACUUUAGGCAUUGGGGCUUUUGGUGAAGUUGCUUUGACACGUAAGAGGGAUACUGGCCAACUGUAUGCCAUGAAAACGCUCAGAAAGAGCGACGUGUUGAGACGCAACCAGGUUGCUCAUGUGAAAGCUGAGCGUGACAUCUUGGCUGAAGCUGACAAUGAGUGGGUGGUAAAACUGUACUACUCCUUCCAAGACACAGACAAUUUGUAUUUUGUAAUGGAUUACAUCCCUGGUGGUGACAUGAUGAGUCUGCUCAUAAAGUUUGGGAUCUUCCAGGAGCCUCUGGCAUGUUUCUAUAUUGCUGAAUUGGUGCUGGCCAUAGAAAGUGUGCAUAAAAUGGGCUUCAUUCACAGAGAUAUUAAACCAGACAAUAUUCUCAUAGACAGAGAUGGACACAUUAAACUCACAGACUUUGGCUUAUGCACAGGGUUCAGGUGGACACACAAUUCCAAAUACUAUCAAAAAGAUGGCCAUGCUAGGCAAGAUUCCAUGAUAGCAGAUGAGGCAUGGGGUAUCAGUGGCUGUGACUGUGAUAGUAAAGCAGAGAUGGAGAUUCUGAAGCCGCUGGAAAGGCGGAAGAGAAGGGACCAUCAACGUUGUUUGGCACACUCGCUGGUCGGGACACCAAACUACAUUGCACCAGAAGUCUUGCUAAGAUCAGGCUACAGCUCGUGUUGUGAUUGGUGGUCUGUGGGGGUAAUACUAUAUGAAAUGCUGGUGGGGCAGCCACCAUUCCUUGCAAAUACACCAGCAGAGACUCAGAUGAAGGUGAUAAAUUGGAAAACAUGUCUCAGUAUACCUAAAGAGGCCAGGUUAUCACCGGAGGCAUCGGAUCUCAUUGUUAUGCUCUGUGCUGGAGCAGACACCAGACUGGGCAAGAAUGGGGCUGAGGAAAUCAAGAAUCAUCCUUUCUUUUCUUCCAUCAAUUUCGUCAACAUGAGGAGGCAGCCAGCGCCGUACACGCCUAAGAUCCGCUAUGCCACAGACACGUCCAACUUUGAUGAGGUUGAGCCCGACAAAUUAAACAAAAGCGGUGAAGGUGAGGCAGAGUUUGGAUAUGACAACGGGAAACAUCCAGAACAUGCAUUUUUCGAGUUCACCUUCAGAAGGUUCUUUGAUGAUGGUGGACAUCCAUAUGCAGUGAAAAUGUUUGAUCCUGAGACCAACUCUCCUGUGUAUGUUUGAUGCCAUUUAGGUGGGGAGAGAAGGAGAAGGUCGCAUCCACACAGGGAACCAAGCUGCAGUGGAACUUUGUUAGUCCCAUGACAAUUUUAUAUAUGUACACAGUGCCUUAAUUUAAGUAAACCUAGGAGCAUGGCACUCUUUCUAAGGGUAUUGUAUUCUCAUAUAAUGAGCUGUUGCUGUGAUAGAGUCACUGUGAUGAAUGUCAUCACUGUCUGUGGUACAUGUCAUCACUUUUUGUGAUGUAUGUCAUCACUGUUUGUGAUGAAUAUCAUCACUGUUAAGUUGAUGCAGGCAAAUACUACAAGCACAUUCUACAAUCUUUUGCAGAAACAGACAAAAUAAUGAAUCUGGCAUGACAGUGGAAAAUCUCAGCAGCUAAAUCAUGACAUGUCACACUGUAUACCCAUACUGGCAGGUGGACAGCAAUUCUUUCUGUUACUAAUUUAUAACCAAAAAUGCCCAAGUUGAACAGUAAUUAUUCUUGAAAAAUAUAUGUAAAAUUAAAGUGAAUGAGCAAGCAACAAUUAUCCUAAUGGUUACAGUACUCGCUCUGACAAAUUAAGCAGGACUAUGAUCCAGUUGAUUCUGACUCUGCAUUUGUUGGAAAUAAAAUGGUGAUUUAAUGGGUAAAGAGAUUAUCACUUUAGUCUAUCAUAUACAAGUAUCUGUAUUGUACAGCAGGUGAACAGAUGACCUAUAUGAGUGACCCUUGUUCAUAUGAAGGUCAUUGGUGAAAUGUACAGAUGGUGAUCAGGGUUUGGGUAUUUAUGCUGCUAGUCGGUAGAUUGAGCAAACAAAAAAAAGUGUCAAAUGAAAAUAUACUACAUAAUACUGAUUUGCAUAAUAUGUUGCAAUAAAAUGUUUGCCAUAUUCUUAUGUUCAUGUAAAUCUUAAUUAUUUUAUGCAUUUAUUUAAAUAUAUGCUUGUUUAAUUUUAUUUAACUUGAAAAAAGAUUUUUUUACAGAACUGACAUUUUAUGUGUAGCUGGAAUCUGUUUUCAAGAAAGAAUGAAAUGAGAGGUAAAAUGAAUGUAUAACAGGAGAGUUGUGAUUUAUUCUUUAACAUAUUGUGUAAAAGAGUUGUCGACAUGAGAAGUUGAAAGCCACAUAGUUAUUGUCUCCACAUGUACAUAAAUCAUGUUUGUUACUCCAUCUUGUGAAUAACCAUGUCAUUGUAUCAUUUUCUCCUUAGAACUUUGUACAUAAUCUCUACAUUCUCAAACUAGGACCUGUAGGGUUGGCAUCUAAAGCAAUGGCUUGCACUUGUGAAGGCAAAUGUGCUCCAUGCUUUUAUGCUUACAUACCUAUGGGGUUUCACCCAAGAGAAGUCCAUUUACAUUACAAGUGUUGGGAACUGCUGAGGGCUUUUUUUCUGUAACAAAUCUUCUGUAUAUAUUGUACAAAGGAAGCACAUGGGUUACUGAUAUGAAGUCAAGGAGCAUUAUUGUUACUAAAUAAAAAUGUG